UGAGAGUCCUAAAGACUAUAAGUACCAUCUUUAUAUUGCUCAGUCAACUGUAUAUUGCACCCAAAUGAAAACCUUUUAAAUGUUGGGCUUGCUUUGCUUAGGCGUCCACAUUGUCCUUCCCUUGGAGAUUAAAGUGGACGCUCACGUCCGGGGUUAUGUUGGCGAGAAGAUCAAGUUGAAAUGCAUUUUCAAGUCGACUUCAUCUGUCACUGACAAACUCACCGUAGAUUGGACAUACCGACCUCCCAGCAGCAGUCGCACGGAAUCAAUUUUCCAUUAUCAGUCCUUCCAGUACCCAAGCACCGCGGGCACAUUUCGAGACCGGGUUUCCUGGGUUGGAGACGUAUACAAAGGGGAUGCCUCCAUAAGCAUUAGCAACCCCACUGUACAGGACAACGGGACCUUCAGCUGUGCUGUGAAGAACCCCCCAGAUGUGCACCAUAAUAUUCCCACGACGGAGCUAAUAGUCACAGAAAGGGGGUUCGGCACCAUGCUCUCCUCGGUGGCCCUUCUGUCCAUUCUCGUCUUCGUCCCCUCGGCCGUGGUGGCGGUGCUGCUGCUGGUGAGGAUGGGGAGGAAGUCUGCGGGGCUGAAGAGGAGGAGCAAGUCCGGCUAUAAGAAGUCGUCUAUUGAGGUUUCAGAUGACACUGACCAAGAGGAGGACGGUGACUGCAUGGCCAGGCUUUGUGUCCGCUGUGCCGAGUGCUUGGAUUCAGACUAUGAAGAGACAUAUUGAUGAGAGUCUGCAUGAUAGAAGAAGAAUCGCCUAAUGACAGAAAGGAUCGCCUUCCACUGGCAGCGAGAGCCUCUCGGGGCAGUGGAGCUGACUGGACAGUGGUGGAGGAGUCUGGGACUCAUCAGCAAAGACUUUAGGAACCAUUUAUUUAUUGACGAAAUGUUCUUUUUGUAUUUAUAAACUGUUCAGAAACUUUCAGAAGAGACUCAUAACGAUGCCUUUAAUAACUUAUACUCUAAUUGAAUGAAGGAAUUCUUUUCCUGAAUAGAAAAAUACUUUUUAUUUCACCUUUGCUCUUGAAUGUAUUACAUGCUUUCUCCCAGUUAUUUGAGGGAGAAUCCUAAAUGUUGGCCAAACUGUUGAUGCCAAAAUAUUUUAUUUUUAAUGAGAUGGAGCUUGUAGCUUCCUGAUGUGUGAGCAGACAAAAUGUGUUUUUAGGAUAUAGGUGUCCUUUGCUUUUUGCUCUGUGAACAUUUUCAGCUGUGAGUUAACACACAGCCUAUACCUGUUGGCUCAGUGAUCUCACCAUCAGUUGUGUUGGGUGACGUGGAGUGUACAGCAUUCAUUUCCUUUGUUGGUCGGAUCAGGAGUCUGUGCUUUGACUGGCUUUUUAAAGCAUCAUCAAUUUACAAUUAAGAAGAAGGAAUGCUGAGGUAGAGGGAGUCCUCUCUUGUCUUGCCGGGUGCAGUUUGUCAUUUUACUUUCUUACAGCUGGUUUCCGUUUCCUCCUUGUCUUUUAAGAUCAGAGGCAAGAAAAACCCUUCAAAAAGUUUUGUGGACCUGUAUAGAAUAAUUUUACCAGUUAUUUACAAUGAAAUAUUCUUUUAAUCUGUGUUAUUCUUCAGAAUGUUUUUGAUUUCUAAAAGGCACCAAAUAUGGGUGAACUGAGGUCUUACAAACUGUUUCUAUGUAACAUUUGAGAUAAGGAAGUGGUGAUGUGCAUAACCUACCCUUCUCCCUUCUGAUCUUGCGAAACCUUAUGUCUGCUUCCCCCAUUUUUCUACAGAAACCUAUAGGAAUUUUUAUGAGCCAUUAAGAAAUAUGUGAGACUUGUCAGGAUGGAUUGCCAGUGUGGUCCUCUGCCCUAGUGAUGGAGUUCACUUCUCAGUCAUGACAGAUGAAAAUGAUCCCUCCUCCCGCCUGUUUUCCACAGGACAGUUCCUUUCCAGACUUCACCAGGUGGCUCAGGAGGUGUCCAUAGUAUAGCAUUACACACUGGAUGUUAUUAAAAACCACUUUUCUAUUUUUUGCCAAGAUCCAUUUUUAACAAGCUGAGUUGUUGGCUCUGGCUCACAGACUUGCCCCACCCACUUUUGUUAAUCAGCCCAUAGAUUAGAGAGUCUGGUUAGUAAGAGACAUCAUAAUGUACCCCUGGCCAUGCAAGGAAGUACAAGUGGCAAGGCAGGACGGGCAGUUUACAUUUCCAGUGGUUAAACCUGGCUGUCUUGGGCUACUUGUUGAGUAUGUGGUUGCUGAGGGCUGAUCUAGUGGGCCCAUCUGGCACCAUGACAGAGAGGAAGAUAGUUUGAGCAAUAAGAAUAAAUAAUUUGGGUACUAAGAGAUUUGAAGAUAGAGAUCUGUGAGGCUGCCUUUUUGUGGGUCCUCAUUUCUCUUUUAAACAGAUGAUAUUACAGGAACCCAGUUAAAGCCACAUCCCAUUAAAUGGGGAACCAUUAAAUGAGGUCGAUUGUCAUUUCCUUUCAGGCAUGUUUUGAGGAUUACUCCUGUGUGAUAGGUUCAUCAUGCAGGCAAGUGGUGCUGUGUGAACCCUUAGUUGUGUUGCUUUGUAGCCUCGGUCAUAGUCUGAAGCAGUCCCUUCCUUUAGAAUGAAGGACAGUAGUGGCCUUCACACAAGAGAGCAAGCGGGUAAUUCGUCAGCGCCCGGCUCUGUUCGCCUCGCAGCCGCAGGGCUGCUGCCCGUUUCCUUCCUCGUCCCGUCUCUCGGGGCCUGGGCUACAGCGUUUCUCCCAGGAGCGCUGAGCAGUGUUGGGACACCUGCCGUGUGCGGCUGGGAGGACGGUGGAGAAUUGUUCUUCGCCGCUGUUUAAUACCUUCUAGGUGCUGGUCUUUCUCCUUCUUUCUGAUGCUCCCUGAGUUUUUAUCACACUACAGAGUCCAGUGUUGUCUAGAAAAGGAAUUUAACUCUGAAAUCUUCAGAAGGGGUUAAAAGCCUUUCAGAAUUUUUCUUUGGCUGCUGAAGUCUUUACUUUUGGUUACAUUACUUUAUGAGUUUUGUACAUUAAGCUCUUAAUUCUGUUACCAAGUGUGAGCUUACAAAAUGCUCAGUGUUCCCCACGUGGCCUGUUACUAUAGGCUUUUUGGGGGACAGCUUAGUUCUCUGCAGCUCCCAAAUUAGGCAUGGGUGCUUCAAGGGGGACGUGGCAUGUUCCUGCCUAAACAACUGGAGGCCACAUCCCUACUCUGAAUGUUCUGUUGUGUCACUCUGUCACAGUUCCAAAGGGGAGCCGUAGAAAGAUCCACAGGGGUGGGUCAGGGCUAGCAUUUACUCACACAACUCAAACUGUGCUGCCAGGAGAGGCAGCUCCAUCCCUGUGGCCCAGUGCUGUACUGCCAGACUCUUCAUUGCUGCGUAUUGCUGCGUUUCACUGCGUUCUUUGGUUCUGUGUUUUGUUAGGAGGAUAUGCACCAUUGGGCUGUGUGCACACAUUGUAACUCUUGAUCUCUUUGCCACAUCAUGGUUAAUAAACAUCUCUGCACUCUGGUGUCUAUCGA